CUCGAAGCGAUUUAGUGAACACAAAAGUUUCUUACGCUCAGCAGAGCGGACGUGUUGCGCGGAAUAAUCAAUAUUUCUUUCCACCAAAUUCAAGCUCCUACUGCCAAAAGCCAAGCGUUUGAAUUUAAUAAAAUAAUAAAUUCAACCAACAUUCAAAAUUCAAAAAAGAAGACUCUCAAACUUGUAGACAUACUUGUGUGAUUUUCAUUAGAAUUAUUGAAACAAGUAGAUAAAAGUGCUUAAAGUUUUGUGAAAAUGCUGAAUAAUAACAACAACAACGAUUCGCAAGCCAAUGGCAGCACAUCGAACGGUCACUUGCCUAACGGACCUCUAUCAAGUAUGCCUCCAGCAGCAGCAGCGCCCCCAUCCCCACCACCACAAUCUUUUCUGGAUAAGGCGUGGAAUUGGGCGGAUGCCAUAAGAGACUUUCUGUGGUUUAUCAUUUGCUCAAUCGGCUAUAUAUUGCAGGACCUGUACUAUAUAACCUUUGGCUAUCCUGAAAAAGAACUAAAUACAGACAUCGCAUUAAUAACAGGUGGCGGUAAUGGACUUGGUCGACUACUCGCACAACGUUUGGGAAAACUGGGCGCCAAAGUGAUUGUGUGGGACAUUAAUAAGGAAGGUAUCAAAGAGACCAUCGAAAUUGUCGAAUCGGAAGGUGGCUACUGCAAGGGAUAUGCUGUUGACAUUUCCAAAAAAGAAGAAGUGUACAAAGCAGCUGAAGUGAUACGAAAUGAAAUUGGCGAUGUCACCUUACUAAUCAACAAUGCUGGUGUUGUGUCAGGUCGUCAUUUGCUGGAUACACCGGAUCAUCUUAUCGAACGUUCAUUCAAUGUCAAUGUUAUGGCACAUUUCUGGACCACCAAAGCUUUUCUGCCAAAAAUGAUCGAACAGCAGCGCGGACACAUUGCAACUAUAGCGUCUUUAGCCGGUCACGUGGGCAUUACCAAGCUCGUCGACUACUGUGCCAGCAAAUUUGCCGCUGUUGGAUUUGAUGAGGCUCUACGUUUGGAAUUGGAUGUGCUCGGCCACAGUAACAUUCAAACGACCUGCAUUUGCCCAUUCUUCAUACAAGCAACCGGCAUGUUUGAUGAUGUUAACGCCAGAUGGGUGCCCACAUUGAACCCCAACGAUGUGGCCGAUCGCAUCAUAGUUGCAAUUAAGAAGAAUGAGAAAAUCACUAUUAUACCCGGUUACAUACGCUUGUUGCUAUCGCUGAAGUGGACCUUCCCUUGGGGUUGUGUAGGUGGUCUGUUGCGUCGUCUUGUACCAGAUGCGGCACCACAUGGCAUUGCACAAAAGCCUUUAGCAAAAGCCGAUGCUGCUAAGCAACAACAACAGCAACAGAAUGCAGGCACUGCCGCGAAAGUGGCCCACGCGAGUUUAAUUUCCAAGCACACCGCCGAUUUGAGCACAGACUUCAGUGAAACGCUACCGAAGACCGCCUCAUUGCUAGUACAACGCACACCAUCGCUCGGCGAACGUGUUCUAUGAAAUUCCAUACUGAAUUUCGCUUUUAAUUUAUUCUGCGUUUUUGGCAUUUCAAUGCCUGCCACGCCUCCUAGCCAUUAAACAGCUCGUAGAGUGGGCACCACGGAGGAGCUGUGGGAAACGCAUUCGUCUAGUGAUAUUACAUUUACUUAGUAUUAUGCUAAUAAUUUUAAUUAGUUUAUUUUUAAUUCGCUUAGUAUACACACAUAUGUACACGUAUACACAUACAUAUAUGCAGAUAACAAUGAAGAAUUCGAAAAUGUGUUUGCGAACAGAAGUCGAUACGAAUGCAAUAAUAGUUCUUAAGAGUACGGGUAAAAGCGCUGCUUUGUACAUUGUACAACACAGAUACAUACAUACACCUGAGACAUUAUUUAAUUGUAAUUUGAAGUAUUCAAAUUCAAGAAAC